UCAAGAAUCUCAAGUUUUCACUUCACUUUAAUUUUAUAGUUAUCUAUACUGUUUGCUGUAACAUUUUGACUUGUGUCAAAGAAAAAUAGUCCAACAAACGAAAUUAGGAAAACGAAAAAUUUUACCAACAAAAUGUUUAUUAAGAUUGUGUAGUUAUUAAAUAUUAUAAAAAUGAAACUCGUUUUUAAAAAUAUCGAUAAAGAUGGCAGUGGGAGCAUCGCCCUCAUUCCCGAGGAGUCUGAGGAUAUGUGGCACGCUUACAAUCUCAUUUCUGAAGGCGAUGCAGUUACAGCAUCAACAGUUCGAAAAGUACAAACAGAGUCUUCCACUGGAUCAUCUACUAGUAGCCGAGUUCGCACGACCCUCACUAUAACCGUCGAAACUAUAGAUUUCGAUACUCAAGCUUGUGUAUUACGGCUCAAAGGUCGUAAUAUUGUUGAAAACCAAUAUGUGAAGAUGGGAGCAUAUCACACCUUGGACUUAGAACUAAACAGAAAGUUUACUUUACGCAAACCAUUAUGGGACUCGGUGGCUUUAGAACGGGUGGAGAUGGCCUGCGAUCCUGCUGCCAGUGCAGAUGUAGCAGCAGUAGUGAUGCAAGAAGGUCUAGCUCACGUCUGUCUCAUCACACCCUCCAUGACAUUAGUUAGAUCUAAGAUAGAUGUUACUAUACCCAGAAAACGAAAAGGAUUUAUACAACAGCAUGAAAAGGGUUUGAACAAGUUCUAUGAUGCCGUUAUGCAAGGAAUAUUGAGGCAUAUAGAUUUUAGUGUAGUUAAGUGUGUAAUCAUUGCGUCCCCUGGCUUUGUAAAAGAUCAGUUUUUUGAUUACAUGAUGCAACAGGCAAUCAAAACUGAUAAUAAGUUGCUCAUUGAAAACAAGUCUAAAUUUUUGCUUGUUAAAGCAUCAUCUGGAUUUAAACAUUCUUUGAAAGAGGUACUCCAAGAACCAGCAGUUAUGAAUAAAAUAUCAGAUACAAAAGCAGCAAGCGAAGUAAAAUUAUUAGAAAGUUUCUACACAAUGUUACAAUUAGAACCGGCCAAGGCAUUUUAUGGGAAAAAGCAUGUUGAACGAGCAAAUGAAGCAAUGGCUAUAGAAACCCUUAUGAUAUCUGAUAAACUUUUCAGGUGUCAAGAUAUACAGAAGCGAAAAGAGUAUGUGUCCCUGGUUGAUUCGGCGAGAGAGAAUGGUGGUGAUGUAAGGAUAUUUUCAAGCAUGCAUGUUUCUGGUGAACAAUUGGAUCAGUUAACUGGUAUAGCUGCAAUUUUACGCUUUCCGAUGCCCGAGCUUGAAGAUAGUGAUGGACCAGAAAGUGACUCAGAUUCAGAUUAGGAUAAAAUGAAACAUUUGUGCUUUGAAAUGUGUUGAAUACCUUUUGAUAAAUGUUACAUUUAUCAUUGUUGUUUUAUGUUGACUUAUUUAAUAAUAUAGAAUAAUAAACUCUUAAUAUUUAA